UUGUACUUUAGGAAACACACCGAUAAUAUGAAGCUGUUAGUAGCGUCCCUUUGGACUGUGUCUCUGUUAUCUUUGACGCAGCACAACCGAGGCUGUCCGUUAAGACCAUUACAGCCACCGGAGUGCACAAGUAUCGCUGCAUCCGACGCUACUACUGGUAAGGCCCCCCUUUACGGUAGCAGAUUAGAUGGCAAAACGUAUAUUGUUGUAUGUAUGAAUGACGAGAAUCCUGAAGCUAUGAAGGAAAAAAUAGAUAACAUGAGAUCAUUUAGGAACAUUCGUAUCGCGCCAAGCAAAACACUUAACGGGCCUUCAAAUGGCAUAAAAGCAGUUGUAUGUGAUCUUAACGAGGAAGAGUUAAAUAUGAUUCGUGGAAUGGAUGGUGUGAAGUAUGUGGAUAAAAGUACUAUAUUUAAACCAUCCGCAAUCACCAGAGUUUGGGGCUUAGACCGUAUUGAUCAGCGAAACCUCCCACUGGAUGGCGUCUAUUUCCCAUCGGGAAAUGGGGAUGGUGUAACAGUUUACGUCGUCGAUUCUGGCGUGAAUACUAAACAUGUUGAGUUUGGCGGCAGAGCAGAGAACUGGCACGAAGUUGUUACUGGCACAGGAGAGGAUUGUUUUGGACAUGGUACACACGUUGCGGGUACCGUUGCCGCAGCAACGCAUGGAGUCGCCUCGGGAGUGAAUAUACGUAGUGUACGUAUAUUUGGCUGUGCUGAAAGCAGCCCCUUUGAAGUUAUAGCUGAAGGACUUAAUCAUAUUUUGGCUCAUGGAGACAGUGGUAGCAUUGUAACCAUGUCACUUGGAGGCCCCCAGUCUCACGUGGCCGAUGAAGCUGUAAAGAGCUUGAUACGAGCUGGCUUUGUUGUUGUAGUCUCAGCAGGAAACGAAAAUGAAGAUGCGUGUGGGAGAUCACCAGCUAGAGUCACUGAGGCAAUUACUGUCGGGGCCACUAACCAAUCCGAUCAACGAGCAACAUUUUCAAAUUUUGGAACUGGUGUAGAUAUCUUUGCACCCGGUGUACGUGUAGAAUCUCUUGAUUAUAGAACAAAUAACGGAACACUCAUUUUUAGCGGUACCCCUAUGUCCGCACCUCAUGUUUCAGGAGUGGCUGCAAUAUUGCGGUCUAGAGGAAUACCUGCUGGGGAAGUCCGUCAGAGAAUUAUUGACCUAUCAAGUAAAGACAUUGUUCAAAACCCAAAUGGAUCCAACAAUCGUCUGCUUUUUAUUGAAUAAUCAUGUAAUCACAUUGAACCAAUUAGAUACCAAAGAUACUAAGAUUGACAGUACGUUUGAUGCUAAUGUAAUAGUAUAAAUAAAUUUAUGUAUUUUCGAUUAUAAUGUGUCAUCUAGUUCACAAAGAGUACAAAGAGUGGAAAAACAGUGAAAAAUACACACAAGAUGUACAAAAAUUGGAUCACCUUGUAAGGAUAAGUUGAGUUGAAGAAAAUCCUGUUAUCGUUAUAUGAUUUAAAAUUAGAACCUAUCAAUUUGAUGACAAGUAUCUAAACCACACGGCUACAUAACAUUUCAAUUAAGUUUAAUAGUUUGUUAAUAAUAAUAAUAAAAAUAAUAGUAUAAUAUAAGAUGUAGCCGCCGUAGAUCGAAAUGUAUAUAUUUUAGACCGUAUUAUUUUACACUGUAAAUACGACGACGACCAUUUAAAGACGUUGGUAAACUAGAUUAGCGAUUUUGAUAUAUGUUAUUUUAAAUAGGCGCGUACUUUACAGAGGCCCUAGUGUAUACACUGUCAUGAUUUACAGUAGUCAGUCAAAACAUUGGUUUCAACGAAAUAUAAUCCGGAAACGUACGCUGGCUGGCAGGGUGUAGUACUGCUUUCUUAUCUUGGCCACAACUUGACGUACUGUAGUCCUUAUUAUUUAGGCUUGAAAAAUAGUAAGAUUAGACUGAAAAAAAAAAAUGUUGAUGAACGUUGCAUUUUUAGAAUAAGGUGACUACUGAAUAAUGAUAUCAGGUGAUUGGUAUUUCCGGGCUUGGGUAGAAAUAACAUUUUAAUACAAGUAUCUAGAUUUGCGAAAAACACUCACUCACUUUAUAAUUUUCGUGAGUGUGGAAACGAUAGGCUCGGUCCCUAUUAUAUUUCCAUACUUCUUCGCAAAUUGCUUGACUUUACGCUAAGCUUUUAUUUUAUACUUACGAUUUGAUAGCUCAAUAUAUACUUUUAGCAGUAAACUCGGAUAUUGUGUUAUGUUUAUUUUGUGUCAAUAAAGUAGAGUAGCGCA